AUGGCAGCAACCAGCGCAGGCCAGUCCACCAGUGCGAUUACGCGCGAACAGUUUGAGGAAGUGAUAAAUCGCGCAGUGAACAAUCAUAACCGGCUGUACAACAAUUCUUUCGCUCUGAGUAUUCGAUGGGAACAAGACACCGAUACCUCUAGAGAUACUGAGCACUUUCAAUCAAUUCUAAGCACACUCAAUCUCAACCAAGCGGAAGUUGAGAUCUUAGCCGCACAGGAUCGGACCCCUGGCUGGACACUGAUUUCUAAGCUCUGCUCUAUUUUCCAACGUGCAGUCGACACACCAGGUAAAUCUAUCGUGGUUCUUCACUACACUGGUCACGGAGAGCUCAGACAGGAACAGCUCUUUGCUGUUGAAGGCCUAACCCGCCGAAGCCUAAAUCUCCAAAGAAUCGUCGAUUCCCUUGUGGAAGGAGAUAUCUAUGACUUCGAUAUCGCAGAUACCGACGUUGUUCUAAUUCUGGAUUGCUGUUAUUCGCAUAUAGCAGCGCGAGCGCUAAAUCCCACGACUCGAGUUGUUGAGAUCCUUGCUGCGAGUGAUAAUCGCACUCCCGAGGAUCACACUCUUGAGGCCCUUGCGCCACCACGCAAUACCUUAACUGGAAAGUUACGGGGAGAAUUUUCUCGGCGUAAGCAAGAAGGCUAUCACUUCGUGGAACUCUCAGACGUGAUGGCGGUAAUUCGAAGAAACAGCCCGGUCGUUACGCCAACACAUCAGGUUAAGCUAGGGCAGUCUAUACGCUCACCUUUUGCUGGAGUCACGCGAAUUAAUCCGCAUAUCAUUACCCCUACGCUAUGCGCAGAAUUUUCGGUUCGGAUCGUCGAAAAUAUGACCCAGCAACAGAUCGACAGCUUGAUCACUUGGAUCGCAACCCUUCCACGUGGAUACAGUAUGGAACUUGACGGUGUCUACGAAACAGCCUCGACUCUUCUGAUUUUCCAAAGCGCAUAUGCGCUGUUUGCGAAUAUCGCUGGUCACCCCGGUGUCACAUUUAUUUCGGACGUGACAAGCCAGAACCGCCGUCAAUCUCUCGGCCAAGAGCGGCACGCAGGUCCUUCAUCUAUUUUGAAGGACAAUGUUCCAUUCUCGGGACGCUCUAAGCCAUGA